ACAACAUCCUCCCUCCACUACCCCCUCUCCUUCCCAAAAAAAAACAUCACCUUUCUCUCUCUUCUUCCAAAAAUGGAGAAGGAGAACAAAUUCAAGCUAAAACUUGCAAGAAUGUUCACUUCUUCAUGCAAAACCCAAGAUCUUUCUGAAGUUGUUGACCAUAAAUUGCCAAUCUUUACCCCUGAAAACACAGUCUUUCUUCAAACUCCAUUAAUGGAGGUUCCUCAAGAAGAAGAUGAAGAUACUGAUUACCCUUUCCAUUCCCCUGUUUAUAAAUCCAAACAAACACAAUUAUCAUCAUCUUCCUCAAUGAUGUAUUGCAAGCCUAGAUGCCCUGAAACAUUUGAUCAGAUGGUUCGAGAGAAUUGUAUCAUCCCCGGAAACCCUUUUCCUCGCCGGAAAAUAGCCGGUAAAUACUCACUUUUUUCACCGGCUGCGGAAUAUUCCGGUGGCCGGCGUUGUCCUCCUGCUUCCCCUGCUUCUCCCCUGCUUUUGACUCAAAAACAGGGGAAAAGGAAUAAAAAGAAGAAAAAUAAGGCAAAUUACAAAAAUGAGAAUACCCUUUUAAAGAAAAGUGGAAACCCAGAUAGAAUAUACUACUCUUCUUCAAAUGAGACGGAUAUUGGUGACUGGUUCAGCAGUGAUGAUGAGAGAGAAGAAGAUGAAACAGAGACUUUGUUUUCUUUAAAGUCUGUUUCUUUUUCUUCUAAGUCAAUCUCUUUUUCUUCUGAUUCGGACCCUAAUAAUAAUUCGGGCCGGGUUCGGAAUCGGCCUCGGCCUCGAACACGGAGGCGAAAGCCGAGUUCGAGGCUGAAGAAAGAAAGUAGAGCGGCGGCGGAGGCGAAGGAGGAGGUGGGGAUGGUGCCAUUGGAAGGGAAAGUGAAGGAUACAUUUGCUGUGGUGAAGAGUUCAAGUGAUCCGUACAAUGAUUUCAGGACAUCAAUGGUGGAAAUGAUAAUUGAGAAGCAAAUAUUUGGAGCUAAAGAAUUGGAGCAGCUUUUGAAAUGUUUUUUAUCUCUUAAUUCUCCUCAUCAUCAUAGGGUUAUUGUUCAAGUUUUUACUGAGAUUUGGGAUGCUCUUUUUUCUUAUUGUUCUUGAUCAAUUAUUCCCACCCAAAAAAAGGGAAAAAAACGCAAAAGAAAAAAAAAUGUUUAGGAUGUUAAAAUGUUUAGUAGUAACUAGUGUUGUACUAACUAUUAUUAUUAUUAUUAUUAUUAUUAUUAUUAUUAUUAUUAUUAUUA